UGCUGUUAUACCUACAUUUAAUUCUCUGAUUCUUGCUCUUUAAAAAGAAAAUCAGUCACCUUUAUGAUGUAGAGUCAAUAACUCCAUCAACGCUUGAUGUCAAGCCUGUUUUGUCCCUCUCCGUCCAUCCCCGCCCCGCCUGCCAUACCUGUCAAUCCUGUCCUGCAGCACAUGAAGUGUGAUCGUCAUUCCGAUUCAUGAUCCUCAGUAGCUGAACACUCAGUCUUACAGCACAUGAAAUCACUUCAUGAAGGAGAAACUGGAAACACUGAAUGGAAGUUGAGGAAAAGUCGAUCAGUUUCAGUUCACAAGUGGACAAUGUGAGACAUCCCUCCAGCCAUGUGUGCACGGCUGGCCUUGACACGACCGAGACGAACAACGAUAGGUGUGGAAUUUGGCCCAGGCCGCUUGCUCGAACAUGGACCCUCAUGCUGCUGCUGGUCACCUGCCUGCUGCACUGGGCCCGGAUGGCCAUGCCGGUCUGCGCGGUUACAAUGGCGAAGCAGUUCGACUGGAGCAAGACAGAAACUGGACUGGUGCUGGGUUCAUUCUUUUGGGGCUACUGCUUCACACAGGUGGUUGGAGGGCAUAUCAGUGAUAGGAUUGGUGGAGAAAGGGUCUUGCUACUGUCCACCAUGUCUUGGGCAGCUAUAACAGCAAUCACUCCUUUUCUAGCCAACGUUGGCCUCCCCCCACUCAUCACCAUGAUGUUCGCCAGGUUCUUAAUGGGUGUGCUGCAAGGCGUUCACUAUCCCUCUCUCACGAGUGUCUGUGCCCAGCGUGUAGCUGAGGGAGAGAGAGGCUUUCUGAACAGUAUGUUAGGCUGUGGCUGCUACCUGGGGAUGCUGUUGGUUGGUGGGGUGGGCUCCAUCAUGUUGGAGUUGUAUGGCUGGGAAAGUGUGUUUUAUGGACCUGCUGUCCUUGCUGCAGUCUGGGCCUUCUGCGUAUGGAAAUGGCUACUUAGAGGACCAGUAAUCACAUUUGGCUCCUUGUGGAGUUCCCCUGUACCAACACAUCAAACUAAAGCCCUAAACGUAUCCUGGCUUCAUCUGUUUAAGCAGCCCUGUGUAUGGGCUAUGAUCUUUGCACAUCUUUGUUACAGCAGCACCUAUUACACCCUCAUGUCAUGGCUACCAACUUUCUUUAAAGACACAUAUCCUCAUGCAAAGGGCUGGGUGUUUAAUGUGAUUCCCUGGUUCAUGGCCAUGCCUUCUUCCCUGUUCGGUGGUAUUAUAUCAGAUCAUCUCAUCAGAGAAGGAGUCGACACUGUGACUGUCAGGAAAUCCAUGCAGUUCUGCUCGAUGGGCCUUUCGAGUGUGUUCACCAUCCUGCUGUGUAAAGCCACUGCCUUCCUACAUGCUAUAGUCUUUGUCUCAGCAGCCAUAGGCCUGUCCACCUUCCAUAACAGUGGCGUGGCAGUGAAUGUGCAUGAUUUAGCACCGUCAUGCGCUGGAGCUCUCUACGGUAUUAUGAACACAUGUGCUGCCUUUACAGGUCUGCUAGUGGUCUAUAUCUCCGGCUACCUGAUUGAGGUCACUGGGUCCUGGGCAAUUGUAUUCACUCUCCUCUCUCUGGUGAAUUUAGUUGGAAUCGCUGUGUUCAUUGCAUUUGGUAAGGCAAAGCGAUUGGACCAAGCGGAUCAGUCCGAAGUGGCGGAGACCUAAAUACAGUAUUGUUGUUUCAGUAGCGAAAAUGUACGAACUAUGUUGAAGGGUGUGAUGUUUAUAUAAUGUCAUAUAUAAACUUUGUAUUUCGCUGUUUUAUAUUGUGGUUUGGACUGAAUCCAGACUGAAGUUAAUGGUAACAGUGGCAAUAGUUUGUUAUUUAGAGUCAACAAACAUAUUGUUUGCAAUAUUUAUGAAGAGUUCAAUUACAGUGGCUUGCAAACACAUUUAUACCCCUUGAACUUUUUCAUAUUUUGUUAUUUUAUUACAACCACAAACUUAAAAAUUUUAUUGAGAUUUUAAGUGAUAGACCAACACAAAAUAGCACAUAAUUGUGAAAUGGAACGAAAAAUGAUACAUAGAUUUAAAAUCAAAAAAGUGUGACGUGCAAAAGUAUUCAGUAUCAAUACUUUGUAGAGCCACCUUUCACUGCAAUUACAGCUGCAAGUCUUUCGGGGUACAUCUCUACCAGCUUUCGACUGUGGUUUUCUUCUUGCCAGAUUUGUGGAGUGAAGAUUCUGUCGACAGAUUCUUCUUCGAGCUGUGGAUUUCUGCAGCUCCUCCAGAGUGACCAUGGGCAUCAUACCUGUGCGCAUCACACUUUUCAGAUAUAUAUUUUAUAAAACCUUUGAAAACAAUGUAUCAUUUUCAUUUCACUUCACAAUAAUGCGCUAUUUUGUGUUGAUGUAUCACUUGAAAUCUCUAUAAAAUAUAUUUACGUUUGUGGUUGUAAGGUGACAAAAUAUGAAAAAGUUUAAGGGGUAUGAAUACUUUUGCCACUCAAGCCACUGUAUAUAUAUAUCAGUGGCUUGAGUAUAUAUAUAUAUAUAUAUGAGUGGCUUGAGCCCAAAUAUAUCAGUGGAUAAUAUUAUAUAGCUGUAUUACAUACAGUUUUUCUGAGUUUGUUGGGUGGUGGCAGUACAGAGUCCUUCACAGGGGCUCUAAUUAAACCUUUUACCAGUGUUACCCUGCCAGCAACAACAACCCACUGCUUUAGAGGGGAUUAAAGACCCAUUAGAAUAACAUUUUACAUCCGAUUUAAAUUUCUUCUGGAAGAGGCAUGUAGGUGGAGUGUGGGACGUCUUUAAAUCUGCACAACAGCCAGGUGGUGAUAAAAAGAAAGAGCGUGAAAGAGAGAGAGAUCAAGCCUCCUCCUCUUAAGCUCCUACUGCUGAUAAUAAAACUAAGCAUGUUAGGUUGUUUAUUUGUAUAUUUUUUGUUGGAAAAAAUGAAUUAUAUAAAAGGUUACUUUUUGGUAACUUGUUUUUUUUUUACAUGAGCUGUAUUUUUUUAAUCUUUCUGGUGGAACAAAGCAAUAAUGUACCUAAGUGAAUUAAACAUUUUGUUUACUGUA